CCGGGCCACAGCUGGUGACGAAGAGGCCUUUAGUGUGACCUGUAGCCUCCAGUGGGCCACAACGGGUGACGAAGAGGCCUCUAGUGUGGCCUAUAGCCUCCAGUGGGCCACAGCGGGUGAUGAAGAGGCCUCUAGUGUGGCCUGUAGCCCCCAGUGGGCCACAGUGGGUGACGAAGAGGCCUCUAGUGUGGCCUAUAGCCUCCAGUGGGCCACAGCGGGUGAUGAAGAGGCCUCUAGUGUGGCCUGUAGCCCCCAGUGGGCCACAGUGGGUGACGAAGAGGCCUCUAGUGUGGCCUAUAGCCUCCAGUGGGCCACAGUGGGUGAUGAAGAGGCCUCUAGUGUGGCCUGUAGCCCCCAGUGGGCCACAGUGGGUGACGAAGAGGCCUCUAGUGUGGCCUGUAGCCUCCAGUGGGCCACAACGGGUGACGAAGAGGCCUCUAGUGUGACCUGUAGCCCCCAGUGGGCCACAGUGGGUGACGAAGAGGCCUCUAGUGUGGCCUAUAGCCUCCAGUGGGCCACAGCGGGUGAGGAAGAGGCCUCUAGUGUGGCCUGUAGCCCGCAGUGGGCCACAGUGGGUGACGAAGAGGCCUCUAGUGUGGCCUAUAGCCUCCAGUGGGCCACAGCGGGUGAUGAAGAGGCCUCUAGUGUGGCCUGUAGCCCCCAGUGGGCCACAGUGGGUGACGAAGAGGCCUCUAGUGUGGCCUAUAGCCUCCAGUGGGCCACAACGGUGACGAAGAGGCCUCUAGUGUGGCCUGUAGCCUCCAGUGGGCCACAGCGGGUGACGAAGAGGCCUCUAGUGUGGCCUAUAGCCUCCAGUGGGCCACAGUGGGCCACAGGGGUGACGAAGAGGCCUCUAGUGUGGCCUGUAGCCUCCAGUGGGCCACAGCGGGUGACGAAGAGGCCUCUAGUGUGGCCUAUAGCCUCCAGUGGGCCACAGCGGGUGACGAAGAGGCCUCUAGUGUGGCCUAUAGCCUCCAGUGGGCCACAGUGGGUGACGAAGAGGCCUCUAGUGUGGCCUGUAGCCUCCAGUGGGCCACAGCGGGUGACGAAGAGGCCUCUAGUGUGGCCUAUAGCCUCCAGUGGGCCACAAAAAAAAGAGCGGGUGACGAAGAGGCCUCUAGUGUGGCCUAUAGCCUCCAGUGGGCCACAGUGGGUGACGAAGAGGCCCCUAGUGUGGCCUGUAGCCGGGCCACAGCGGAUAACGAAGUGGUCAGAGAGACAAGAUUGGCCACAAUAA